GAGUCUACCACGUCAAUCAAAAGUCAGUGUGACCAGCCCCCUUUUCCUCCAAGCCAGCAGGUUGUAAAGCCAUUAGUGUAUCUAGGUUUUUUUCCUCAUUAGAACUUUUUUUGUGCUAGCCUCCUUUUGAGUUGUGGCUGAGGUUAAGGGGAGAGGCAUCCUUGCUCUCAAAUGAACCAUGCACUGUUUUGGGAAGGCAAGAUCUGGCUUUAUUCUUAUUCGUUUUGCACUCUUACUUUUCGGAACUUUUGGGAAAACAUCUAACACCAGUUUUAAGGACAGUAGUGAGGGGAGAGAGGAUGUCCAGAGCCAGGCUGAAGAGGUUGCCAAGUGGUGGGGAGAAUGGAGCUCAUGGUCCACCUGCUCACGUUCCUGUGGAGGAGGGGUUCGUUCCCAGGAAAGGCACUGCUUGAAGCAGAGGCUCAUUGCAAUGCAAAAUGUCAACAGCACCAUCUGUGUUGGAUCUUCCAAGCAGUAUCAGCUCUGCCAAAAUCAGCUAUGCCCUAACAAUGGGAUCAGUUUUAAACAGCAGCAGUGCUCGUCUUUCAAUGCUAAAUCUUUUGGCAGAAAACAUUAUACCUGGGUCCCUCUCUAUCCAGACGACUACAUCAACAUCUCGAACAAGCCCUGUGACCUUCAGUGCACUACCACCAGCGGGGAGAGACAGCUGCUGGUCCCCGCCCAUGACGGCACGAACUGUAGGGAUGGCAUCCAUCAAGGAGUCUGCAUCGAGGGGAAGUGUGAGAUGGUGGGCUGUGACGGAAAGCUGUAUUCCAGGAAAACUGUGGACAAGUGUGGAGUGUGUGGAGGAGAUGGUGGAUCGUGCUGCCGCAUUUCAGGAUCGUACCGAAAAGGAAUCGCACAGUUAGGUUACCACUUUAUAACCAACAUCCCAGCAGGAGCAACAGACAUCCAGAUCAUUGAACGAAGAAAGACAGAAAACAUCUUAGCUCUCUCAGAUGAAGCGGGACAGUUCUUCUUUAAUGGGAACACGGUAAUUGACAAUCCCAGGAACUUCCACGUGGCAGGCACCAUUUUCAAGUACAGGAGGCCCUCCAGCCUCAGAUCCGAUGGAUUUGAGUACAUCAUUGCACAGGGACCCACCAAUCAAGGUCUCAAUGUGAUGUAUUAUAACUUAAAUGGAAAGAUGCCUCAUAUCACAUAUGAGUACACAGUGCCCACCUCCCCGGAGCUCAGGACAGUGCCUCCAAGGACAGAGACAGGCCUUUCAGAUGCUGUGGCAAAUACUGGGAAUAGUGUGGGCCUGCAGCCAGAGCAGGACAAGGCUGGCCCCACUGGGAACUUCAACAACAUAUCAGUGGAGCUCUCGUAUGACAACAAUGAGAUCAGCGAUGGAGAGGAGUACAGAUAUAGAAAUCGCACUCCUCCGCUGGCCUCUGACAACGCCCCAGGAGCCCAUCUAGACCAGGAAGGGUUGGUUUGGGAGCUGCAGGCCCCUCUCAAUCUCUCCAGUAUUCCUGGCUUCGUCUUCUUCAAGUCUGUUAACAAGUUCUUUGAAAACAAAGUAGAAAACAAGAUGGAGGACCAUGGAGGACCUACCAGCUAUGGGAGCCCUGAGGCACAGCUUGGCCUUCAAAACUCCAGUGCCUCACUAGACAACAACCUGUCCCUGGAAGGCUAUACGGGGAUUCUGACCCCUGAGCUCGAGAUGGGUCCUGAUGGAGGCGUCUCUUACAAACAUACUCCAGAACUGAAGCUCUCUCUGCUGAACUCCACCUCCUCACAGAGGCUCAGUUUACUUAAUCUUCAUCAAGUGGAACCCGUACAGGCACCCAAAACGGAGAGCAACGAAUUUGAGGUGGAAUCAGUAGAUCAUGACAUCAGCCUGGCAGACAUGUACAGAUGGAAGGUAUCCGUGCAUGCACCCUGCAGUUCAACAUGUACUACAGGAAUAAGCACCUCUUACGCUAUGUGUGUUCGCUAUGAUGGAGUGGAGGUUGACGAAAACUACUGUGAUGCCUUGGCAAGGCCAGAGCCCACUCACGAAUUCUGCACAGGGAAAGAGUGCCCUCCGAGGUGGGAGACCAGCAGGUGGAGUGAGUGCUCGCGAACCUGUGGGGAAGGCUACCAGUUCCGGGGAGUGCGUUGCUGGAAGAUGAUGGCACCGGGGUUUGACAGCUCUGUCUACGACGAUCUGUGCGAGGCCGCAAACCUCCAGAGGCCUAUGGCACGCAAACCGUGUAAGAACAAGAGCUGUGGGCCUCAGUGGGAGAUCUCCGAAUGGUCAGAGUGCUCAGCGAGGUGCGGAGGGAGGGGCCUCAUGAGGCGGGAGGUUCGCUGUUCCAUGGAGACGUGGCUGUGCGAUGAGGCGUCCAAGCCCGCGAGUGAGAAGGAGUGUGAGGGCUCCCCCUGUGACAGGAGGUGGACAGUGUCCGACUGGGGUCCCUGCUCAGGGCCCUGUGGCGAGGGACGGAUGACGCGCUAUGUGGUGUGCAAGAACAGCGAUGGCAACGUUAUCUCCGACAUACAGUGUGACCUGUCCCUCAAGCCCCUGGCGGUGUAUCCCUGUGGAGACAGGAACUGCCCAGCCCAUUGGGUGGAGCAGGAAUGGGAGAAGUGCAAUGCCACCUGUGGGCGGGGUGUUAAAACUCGGCUGGUGAUCUGUGCUGGGCUGGAGAAUGGGGUCUUCAAGGAGUUCCCAGAGCAGAGCUGUGACCCUACAAAGAAACCAGAGGUAGAGGCAGCCUGUUUCGAGAGACCCUGCUCCAAAUGGUUCACUACAUCCUGGUCACAGUGCAGUAAGACCUGUGGGAGUGGUGUGAAGGUGCGUGAGGUGAAAUGCUACCAAGGGGAAGAGAUCAGUCACAGCUGUGAAUCGGGACUUAAGCCAGAGUCCAGGCAGAUAUGUGAAGUUCAGCCUUGCCCUACUGAAGCUCCAGAUGACGCGUGUCAGGACAAAGCCACUGCAAACUGUGCUCUUGUUUUGAAAGUGAAACUCUGCACACACUGGUACUACAGAAAGGCCUGCUGUCUAUCAUGCAGAAACAAGUCCCAGUAGAAAACCAAAAAGAAUGUGAAAUUUGUCCUUGUUAAAGACAUAGUCUACCAGAACACAGUUUUUAGGUUCUAUACUUUGUCCAGGUAGACCUCCUAUAAAGGUGCUAUGAACAUUGUUCUUGGACUGACAAAGGCCAUGAGGCAGCUCAUCGGGCUGUGAUAAAGAAAAAGAUCUGGACUGAUGGCGGGAUGUGUAGUUCUAUUUAGAAAUGUUUGCUUGAAUGAAUUAUGUUCUUUGGCAGAAGUCGUAGAUGCCGUUUCUUAUUGUUUGACAUGUACAGAUUUUUGUAUCAACAAAUCAAAGUUCUUGAAAGAUGUGUGCAACAGGUAGAAAAAUGAA